UUGUGCAAAUACUUCCAAACACACAGACACAUGCGCAGAGAGAAGGACACACUCCCCAAACAGGAAGGAAUACCUGUUGGCCUGAGUUGGCUGGGAAUUCUCAGAUUCCUUACAUAGGAAGAGAGAGGAAGUUUGGAAUUAUCUACGCAUCAAGAUAUUUUGCUGCUGGAGGAAAAAUUUUGGACGACAAAAUGGAAGCAUAAAAUUGGACCACUCAACACCAGAAUAUCAACAAAUAUCCCAAUCUGAGUGUAGACUGGAAGUUAAAGAGAUCAGAAGGAUGCUAUUCUAACUGAAUCUGACAAGCCCAGGUGUCAGAUAUGUUCACCCCUCGGAAAAACAGUCUUCCAUCACCAAGCAUGGAAGACUCCUUCUUCCCUCUCUCUUCCUCUUCUGCUGUUUCUCUCUCUUUUGCUCUACCCCCAUCCUCGUCUUCGCCUGAUGGUGUUGAUAGUGGAGGAGGAAUAGAGACUGAUUUGAUUCUAGCUGCAGAGUUGGGCCGGGCUUUAUUAGAGAAGAAUGAAGAGAUGGCCGCAUCUCUGGAGCAGAGGGAGAGGGACAUAGAGGUUCUGAGGCAGGAGAAGCACCUUCUGCAGAGGAAGCUGGAGAUGAAUGAACUCGAGUCUGGACAGAAGGAGGCAGAGCUUUCAUCAGAUCUCGCUGUUUUAAGGGCUGAAUUGGAGAAAAACCACAAUCAGGGGCGUGACCGACGAAAAGAUGAAAGUGACCAGUUGGUUCAGUUAGCCAACCAUAACCAGCGACUGGUUGAACAGCUUGCAGAGGCUGUAACACUGGAGCACUCGUUGAGGACGGAGCUUCGUUCCCUCAGAGAAGAGAUGGAAGAUUCAUCCUUUAGCCGAACUAUCAGCCUCACACAAGUAGAGAACAUGCAAGCAGAGAACAGAGUUUUAGUGGAGCGGCUGUCACACAUAGAAACACAACUAACAGCCUCACAGAAUGACAGCCAAAGACUCCGCAUGGAGAGAGAUGAACUGAAGCACAGACUGUCAGAGCUCCAGAUGAAACUGAGCGAUAAAGACGCAGAGAUAGAGCAGGAGCAGGGGGUGGUGUUUGAGUUGCGCACCUUGAAUCGCUCUCUUCAGCAAAAAGCUCUGAACCUUGGAGAGGAGAGCAUCCUGGACAGUACUCACACACAACCUUUGUCUCUGCUUAGUGAAAUUCAGCAGUCGCAGGCGAAAGAGGCUCUGCUGGCUCACUCUACAGUCCUGCAGGCAAGAGACGAAGAAAUACGAGCACUAAAGGAAAAACUCCAAACUCAGCAUAAAGAGCUUGAGUCACUGGAAGAAGAAAUCAAGCCUUUCAGAAGCAGUCCUGACAAACCAAAUUACAGUGCUCUAGAAAAUGAGUUGGACACCAUUCGCCAGGAAAAAGAAUCUCUCGCCCAGCAGCUUCUCAAGACCAUCCAACAAAAGGUGGUGUUGUCUCAGGAGCUUGAUGCGUGGCAGGAGGACAUGCGUUUGGUCAUCAGCCAACAGGUGCAGCAGAGGGAGGGGGAAAGGCAGAUGGAGAACCGGCAGAAGAACGACAACACUGUCGGACUUCAACGAAGCAAGUCUUUGAGAGUGAAGGGAGAAAGAGGGAAAGGAUUCUUUUCUUCUUUAUUCAAGGAUAAAUAACAGACUGCAGAGGUAGUAGUUUAAAGUGACAGUGUCAUCAUUCAUAUCUGCCAGUGGAAACUUUCAGUGGCAGAUUAGAAGCAAUAUCAUCGGACAUCUACAGAAGCAACUCAAGUGUUUACAGAGCUUUUUUUUUUUAAACAUAUUUCUGUGUAAAUAUGUACAAUAUAUUAUUAUUAUUAUUAUUGUUUUGUAUUAAAAAUCUAAAGUGACCAUUGUGUGUUUUUUACAGUAUGUCAAUUGUCAUAACAGGUAGAAAAGGGAUAUGCAAACUAAGUUUGCGGAAGGACUAGCAUGACUUUAAUUGCGUUCUGAAUUAUUUACUGUAACACACAUUUUUAUUUGGGGACGACUCCAGAAAACUCUUUGAGCAAAAGUGACACCAGAUUUUCAGCACCGCCACUUUCAUGCUCAGGUAUCAUCAUCAUGUUUCUUUAAUGACCAUCUGCUACCAGGAGAGAAUAUUUGUAAAUUUCAAGAGGCUUAGUCAUCAAUUACUGUGCUGCACAUCCAGAAGUCUAAAGAAUGUUAGCUUUUAAAGGAAGAGGAGCUGAAACAACUCAUUUAAAACAGGGUUAGCUGAUGACUGCAUAAUGAUUAAAAACGGGUUAUAAAGUCCUUUUGUUUCUCCGUGAAAACUGUGAAGAAUUUGAAUGAUUCUCCAUUCAGCCUCUAAUAAAUAUAAAGGAGCAUAAAUGUAUCAUAUACAUAACAAGUUCUCCUCAACAAAAGUGACAAACUACACAGAUUAGAUUGAUGAGAAUUCAUUUAGCUGCUGAUAUUUCAGCAAAUUUGUCAAGGAGUCACAACAUAAAUUCUAAUGUAACUGUUUCAGCUUCUUG